GAGAAGUUGGAGUAAUUUUGUCCUCAACUUUUCCACUCAAGUUUACUUUCUCAGGACUUGCCAGACGCUUAUGGGAAACUCGGAGCCGCAACCAUGAAGCUGUGUGGGACUUUUUUAGAAAAUGAGUACCGGGGGAAACUCCUGAACCAGCGCUGGACGCGAGGAGACAAGAUCAGCCGCUGCCGGCCCUCUCUCAGACUGCAGAGCCGACCAAUCAAAAUGAGUUUGGAUACUGACGACAAGCGCACUCGCACACGGUCCAAAGCAGGAAGAGUUCCCUCUGAGAUUGUUGGACAGGAGCUGAGCUGCCCCACUCCAGGAUGCAAUGGCUCAGGCCAUAUCAGUGGCAAAUAUGCCCGACACAGAAGUGCUUUGAGCUGCCCGUUGGCCAGAAAAAGGCGCCUACAGGAAGCAGAGUCAGAGCAACCCGCCUCCAAGAGGAAGUCCCACCCGCUGAAGCUGGCAAUGGACGAAGGCUUCAAUGCAGAGAGUGAGGGGAGCGGAGAAGAGACGGAGUUGAGGGAGGAAGAGGAGGAGGAUGAAGAACAGGCAGCGCAGGCUGGUGAUCAAGAGCGUGAGGAAGAGGAGCAAGAAGAAGAGGAGCAAGCGAAACACAACACAGAGAGCAUUAAUACAGAAGAAGAGGGUGGUGAUGAAGAGGAGUGUAUCAUCAUUGAGGCAUCCAGCACACACAAGCCCACGCUCUCAUCCUCUGAGGAUCUCUCCAACUAUCAGCACAUAGUGGCCAACUCAAUGACCCACCUCAACAACAACAACAAUGGUUCCGUAUCGCCGCAACAACAACACCCCGUCACAGUGGAAACACAGGAUAAAAGCCCUUUUAGGGAACCAGAGGAAGAAGAGAACGAAGAAUAUGAAACAGAGGAAACAAGGAACGAAGUAGGAGUUCUGGUGACUAGGGAGAAUGGGGUGAUGGGAAAUACAGGUGAGAUGGAAGAUAAGGAAGACGACAUGCGCACUGACACCCAGAAAGAGUCAGACCACCAGUAUUUUACUGAGGAGAUGCAAACACAAAAGGAUGAAGAAGAAGAUGAUGAUGAGGAUGAUGAUGAGGGGCUGAGGUCUGAGAUGCAAAAAGGAGAGGCAUACAUGGAGGAGUACGAUGAUGUUAGGUCUGAAGAGGAAGGGGAGAGAGAAGCCCCUUCGGUUAUCACUGCCACUCAGGGAUCCCACGUAAGGGAAGACUAUGUUUCCCACAAACUCACUUUGCCAGAAAGUUACAGCUCCAGUAAGGCCGCCACAUCAUCUCCUGUGGUUAUCGAAGUGCAGUCUGAGGAGUCGGAGAGGGAUGCCGACGUGGACGGGAAUGAUGAUGAUGAAGAUGGGGACGACGACAGCUUGUCUCAACGCUCAACGGUGGCGGACGAGUCCGAGAUGUUCGACAUAAUGCGGGGGAACCUGGGGUUGCUGGAGCAGGCCAUUGCUUUGAAAGCCCAACAGGUCAAAGCUCAUCGGGAGCUCAGCCGCAUUCCCGAACACCACCGUUUUUUUCCUCUCGACGACCGGACCGGCAAACACAUGGAACAUAUCCGCAAGAGCUGCUUUGGAAAAGAGAGUUCUAGAUCAGAGAAGCGAGAGAUCAAAUGCCCAACCCCCGGGUGCGAUGGAACGGGUCACGUGACCGGACUCUAUCCCCACCACCGCAGUCUGUCAGGCUGCCCACACAAAGAUCGGAUCCCUCCAGAGAUUUUGGCCAUGCAUGAGAAUGUCUUAAAGUGCCCAACACCGGGAUGCACUGGUCAGGGUCAUGUCAACAGCAACCGCAACACACACCGCAGUUUGUCUGGAUGUCCCAUCGCCGCUGCCGAAAAGCUCACAAAGGGUCAUGACAAGCAACACCUGCCCCAGCCCAUGGGCGAGCACAUCAAGGGCAGCCCAAACUCUGACCGUGUACUCAGGCCCAUGUGUUUUGUGAAGCAGUUGGAGAUUCCUCCGCACGGCAGCUACAGGCCCAGCCUCGUCCCCGCCACACCACGCGCUAAUCUGGCCAAGGAACUGGAGAAGUACUCCAAGGUGUCCUUCGAUUAUGCAAGCUUCGACGUGCAGGUGUUUGGCAAGCGCAUGCUCGCCCCAAAGAUGCACACCAGCGAAACUUCACCCAAAGCCUUCAAAUCCAAACCUCCAUUCCCCAGGGCCUCCCCCCCAAGUCCCAGCUUGCACGUAGGUUAUGGAAAAAGCACCUCCAGUGGCUAUGAUUAUUCCCAUGAUGCCGAAGCUGCCCACAUGGCUGCCACUGCGAUCCUCAACCUGUCCACACGCUGCUGGGAGAGACCAGAGAACCUCAGCAUCAGACACCCAGAUAAGAGUAUGGAAAUUGAGGUGGAUGAGAACGGCACCUUGGACUUAAGCAUGAAGAAGCCCAUAAAGAGAGAAUUGGGCAUGCCUUGCACCAGCCCUGAAGUGCGUUCCCCUGAUCUGUCUUCAUCAUCUUCAUCAUCAUCCACAUCUCUUCACCAUGGCAACAGCAGCAUCUCGCCCCACUCUUUACACACCUACAAACAAGAGGAGUGGGAGGGGCCUCUGGACUACACCAAACCCAAUCGGCAGAGAGAGGAGGACCUAGAAGAGAUGGACCACAGCGCUCAGUCAUUUGCUUCUUCCGACCCUGAGGAUUGCGACAUGAUGCAGGACGCCCUGGAGGACAGGAAGUACCCCGGCGAGGUCACCACCCCCAGUUUCAAGGUCCGGUUCCAGCCCAAGGACACCAAGAAAGAGCUCCUGCUAUGCCCCACUCCGGGCUGUGACGGCAGCGGACACAUCACCGGAAACUAUGCAUCCCAUCGCAGCCUGUCUGGGUGUCCUCUCGCUGAUAAGAGUCUUCGGUCCCUCAUGGCAGCACACACAGCUGAACUCAAAUGUCCAACUGCGGGAUGUGAUGGUUCAGGUCACAUCACUGGCAACUACGCGUCUCACAGAAGUUUGUCUGGGUGUCCACGGGCCAAGAAAGGUGGAAUAAAAACAACUCCCAUCAAGGACGACAAGGAGGACUCCGAGCUCUUAAAAUGCCCAGUGCCAGGUUGUGACAGCCUGGGUCACAUCAGCGGGAAGUAUGCCACUCACCGCAGUGCGUAUGGAUGCCCGCUGGCGGCCAGGCGGCAGAAGGAGGGUUUGUUGAAUGGGUCUCCAUUCUCCUGGAAGGCUUUUAAGACAGAAGGCCCCACCUGUCCCACGCCGGGAUGUGACGGAUCGGGACACGCCAACGGCAGCUUCCUCACCCACCGCAGUCUCUCAGGCUGUCCCAGAGCCUCCCUCAACAAGAAGAAAGCCAAGUUCCCUGGAGAAGAGUAUCUCAGCACUAAGUUCAGAGCAAGUGACGUCUUAGACAACGAUGAAGACAUCAAGCAGCUUAAUAAAGAAAUCAAUGAGCUCAAUGAAUCCAACAAUGAGAUGGAGGCAGAUAUGGUCAACCUUCAAACACAGAUCACAUCUAUGGAGAAGAACCUGAAGAACAUCGAGCAGGAGAAUAAGGUGAUUGAAGAACAGAACGAGGCGCUGUUCAUGGAACUGUCUGGACUCAGUCAAGCUCUUAUACGCAGUCUGGCCAACAUCCGCCUGCCUCACAUGCAGGAGCCAAUCACAGAGCAGAAUUUUGAGAGCUACGUGAGCACCCUAACUGACAUGUACACCAAUAAGGACUGCUACCAGAACCCAGAGAACAAGGCCCUUCUAGAGACCAUCAACAAGGCGGUGAAAGGCAUCAAGGUCUGACUAGGCCAAAAGACAAGGAUGAGGAACAGAAGCGUGGAAGAGAAAUAGAAACGUAGAGCCAUGGAAAGAGCGUACAAAUGACACACAAAAAAAAGGGCAUUCAGGUUUUUUUGAACAACAAUCUACACCUCCAUCCCAGGGAGCAUUCUGUGAGUUCAAAAAGAGGUAUAUAAUAUAUAUUACUAUAAGGACCAAAAUCCACAAAAGCUGCUGGAUUGGAAGGCGAAGAUGGAACCAAAUUCUUUAUUUACAAAGAAAAGGAGACACAAACCUAGUUUUCUUUAGUUUUUGCUUUUACAUUCAAACGGUGAGAGGUUUUGGAAGAAGAAGAGGAGGGGAGUAGAACCUCCAGAAGAUGUGCUGCCCAGGCUUUAGGUGAAAGAGAGUCUUUUUUCCUCAUUUGUGAGGAUGCUGCUCUGCUCCUACGAAACAACAAAUGCGACACUCCAAAUACAAGUGAUCCCUACGUGAGCCCCGGCAGAACAGACAUAUGCAGUAUUUGCUCAUCUUUCCUUCUUUUCCCGAAGAAAACGAAAGUGGUUUCGGGUCAUGGGAAAUGAGAGGAUGUUGCGCUAACAUACAAAGUGAGCGAAAUGCGUGUGCAACCUUAUCAGUGCCAUGCGGUUGACUCUGUAAAUCCCACCUGUUGAAACACUACUUUCUUUAUCUCAGCAUCCAUUUUAUUGUUUAUUGGGUUGUUUUGUUUUAGAGCUACACACAGGCACAUUGGCUUGCUCUCCUUUAUUUGUAGUACUUACACUGUAGGAAUAUUUACCCAGCGUAGUCAUAUCUAUUACAUAUGAACAAUGAGUUGCACUUCAUUUCAGUCAAUUCAACAUCAGACAAGAUGUUGGAUCGUCACUGAUCUAUAAAUUAUACGAAAUUUGUCCAGACUCUACUGUAAUUUAUUUAUAUUUUGUUAUAAUUUAAUUUUAACUGUACUAUUUAUUUGAAUUCACCUAUUUAAAUAUUCACAGCCCUUCUGUUUAUAAAAGGUCAUGAAAAUGUGACAAGGAACUUGCCACAUCAAUAUUUGGGAAGAGGGAGAAGAAAACAAAAAAUGUACCACUAAUUUUUAUAACUUCGUUUCAUUUGAUGAUAGAGUUUUAUCCAUAGAGUAGAUUUUUUAAGUGCAAAUAUUUUUAACCAACGAUGUUUUGAUAAUUUUGUAUUUUCGUUUUCUCUUUCUCUCUACCUGUAUAUCUCUAUCUCUUGCUGUCUCUAUUUGCAUUUUAUUUUUUAUUUCGAAUUUCUAACACAGCUGAAGGAGAAGUAUAAUCUCUAUUUAUUAUUUAUUUAAUAUUUAUGAUGAAAUUAUGAACUGUGAUACGGUUGUAAUGUAUAUUUAUUUUGUAACGUCUUCGUGUGUUUGUGAAGUCUUAGUAGUCUUGAAGAACCUUUGGCGAUAUAAAAAUAAAGACAAAAAACAUGUUUUGGACUACAGAAUAAAACAUGAUGAUUAUCGAGGGUUUUCCUUAUACCAGCAUUACUUCCUAUAGGAAUGUAAAGAGAGAAAGAAAAGCAAUUCCAGUACUGUGGAACCUACAGCUUUGACUCUUUCCCCGUCCGUCUCAACAGGAAGGAGACGUUCUUCUGGAUCUUCUUGUGCUUGUUUUUUUAUUUUAUUUUAUUUUUUAUACCUCCUCAAGCUCUCAGUAGUGGCCAAAAACUGUUUCCCCUGAACGAUCCUAAUGAAUUGCAAAUGGAUUAUUUUUGCUUUCUUGCUAAACUUAUCUUUAUUGGACCAUGGGAAGCGGGCGGGCGGGCGUUUUUGUGGCGAGGGCACAGAAGACGAAUACCAACCAUCCUGACAGAAACUCUUGAACCACAAUGUCCUUACUCGACUAGUAUCAAACAAGCAUACACCCGUGUAGCCUUAUACUAGAUUUUUAUUUCUUCGAUGCACAAAGUGCCACUGACCUGUGCUUUCAUUACCAACUCCGCCCAUUCAGCGCCCACACUACCCUCGGGUCAUGUGACCGUGGCCUAAGUGGGGAUUGUUACAGAUGCCUUUAUUCCUUUGCCGUGAUGGCCAUACACAAUAUAUUCAUUCUGUAUUUAAAAGAAAAAAGACAAAAAAAACUAUAUAUAGUAUAUAAACAUACAUAUAUUUUUACAGUGUAAUUGUUAACUCUUUUGUUUCUCUUAUAAUAGCUAAACAGAAACAAUAUCUUUCCAAAAGCUGUGAGUACUACUAUCCAUAGAAGACUAAAUAAUAUAUAUAUAUAUAAAAAAAGACAGACCCAGUUUACUGUGGUUGCAGGAUACGAUGUGUUUUUUUUUUUUUGUAAUAUGUAAACGUACAUUUGUAAAGCGAAGAAUACGAGGAUGUCUGUAGAGUUUCCUAUUUUCUGGUCCAAACUCACUGGGCCUCUGUAUGUGUGUCAGCCGCAUUAAUGGGGCAAUGGUUAACGGAUUAGUCUUAGGCUUUUAAUCGUUUAGACGCAUUGUAGUGUGCUGAAAGUUCUCCUCGGUGGAUCUGUCUUUAGUAUUGUAUGGUGUUGUGCAGUUCUGGUGGGACACGCCACACUAGAUACGUGUGUAAAAUGCCAAUCAUCGCAAUGACAACUGUAUGACUCAUAAUAGCGAGUCGUGAAAUGAACAUUGUGCCUCUAUUCAGCUGGUCGUUUUGUUAGAUAGUACACAUGCGCUCAUGUCGUUCAUUUGCUAUUAUGGCAGCAAUAUUGUGAUGGACAGAACAUGUGUGCACUUUUCAAAAAUCUUGAAUGCCAACUAAUGACCUUUCAACUAAAAGGAUUUUCUUUGUGCGCUUGGGUGUGUUAGCGGAUUCUUUUUUUAUUUUAUAGUUUUU